AUGUGCGGAAUUAUUUGUAAAAUAUGUUUUUUUAACGCUUCAGCCGUGCAACAGGAUGCCAAGAUAUUAAAACGUAUCAGAAAUAGAGGCCCAAAUCACACACAAUCCUUAGAAAUUAGUUUAGAAGAUGGUACAACUGCAAAUUUUUGUGGAGCAGUGCUAUGGAUGCAAGGCCUUCAGUUAGUUCCUCAGCCUGCCAAACAUGAUCAAGGUGUUCUUCUGUAUAAUGGUGAUAUAUUUGAUGAAACAUGGGAUAGUAAUAUCAGUGACACACAGCGGAUUCUCCAGAAGCUAAGUUAUGAUGUUGGUCAAUGUUCAGAAAGUCACAUUAUAGGACAGUUGAAGUUAUUAAAAGGACCGUUUGCAUUAAUUUAUUAUGACAAAAUGAAUAACAAUUUAUAUUUCACAAGAGAUAGAAUUGGAAGAACUUCUUUAUUGUUUCACAAAACUGAUGACACUAUAAUUAUCAGCAGUGUCUUGGGUAGAGAAUUUGACUGUGUUGAAAUACCAGCUACACAUAUUCAAGUAAUGAAUAUUGUAACAAAAAAACUAAAGCUCUAUAAAUGGACUAAUAUCUUAGAGUCUCCUGAAGAAUUUACAUUGGAUGAUUGGCUAACCCAACUUAGAGUGCAACAAAGCAUACCUGAUGAUGAAUUUGAAUUUGACUUUGAUGAGGAAGACUUAUUAGAUGAGGACAAUGUAAUAAGUCACAUAGAAUCUUCAAAACAACUAAAAUGUAAAUUGAGCAUAUUGAAAAACAUACUAGAACAUCCUGUUGUAAAAGAGCAUGUCUUAAAAAUUGUUGAACUGUUGGAAAAAAGUGUUGAAUUACGUUUAAAAAGACAGCCUAUGAAAUGCAAGGAAUGUAUAGGUGAUGAAAUUAAUUAUUGUAAUCACUGCACAGUUGGAGUCUUAUUUUCAGGUGGUCUAGAUUGUACAAUAUUGGCUUUGUUAGCUGACAAAUUUUUACCCAAAGAACAAAGUAUUGAUCUUAUUAAUGUUGCAUUUAGGAAAGAUGACAAGGCUUCCUAUGAUGUGCCUGACAGACUUACUGGCAAACUGUCAUUACUAGAACUAGAAGCACUGUGUCCAACAAGACAGUGGGUUUUAAAGGAAGUUAAUGUACCAAAACAAGAACUAGAUAAACACCAAGCUGAGACUAUAGGAGAUCUUGUUUAUCCUAGACAAACUAUACUAGAUGAAAGUCUUGGAACGGCAUUGUGGUUUGCAGCUAGAGGUCAAGAUGAUAGAAGCAUAUCUACUAGCAGAGUAUUGUUAGUAGGAUCUGGUGCAGAUGAACUAUUUGGUGGAUAUGUCCGCCAUAGAAAUGCAUUCAGACGGAAUGGUUGGCAAGGACUCAGCAAAGAAUUGCAACUGGAUUGGAAAAGAAUUUCCUUUAGGAAUUUGGCCCGAGACAAUAGAGUUAUAUGUGACCAUGGAAGACAACCAAGGAUGCCUUAUCUAGAUGAAGAUUUCACAAAAUAUGUUUUAUCUUUAAAACCAUGGUUAAGAUGUUUUCCCAGUGAAGAGUUGGGUGUGGGUGUUGGAGAUAAGCUCAUGUUGAGACUAGUUGCUCUAAGCCUCGGAUUAUCUGAUGCUGUCCUUUUGCCUAAAAGAGCUUUACAAUUUGGGUCCAGAAUAGCUAACAAAAAGGAAAAAGGAAGUGAUGUAUCGAAAACCUUUUUAAAAAAUAAAGUUUAA